AUGGCCAAAGAAAGUUCAUUUAGUGGUCAGAACUCAGGUUUUUUGGCCAUCGAUGGUCAGUUGAGCCCGCCCUACUGUUUCGUGUCUCAAACAUCUUGUUACCAGUGGCUUCAAAUUGAUCUGAUAUGGCUCUACAGAGUCGAUGUUGUUCAGAUUGUUGAAAAGUUCACGACAAAUGAGUUUAAUGUCCAGUUGAUGGCUUCAUCAAUGAAAACAAAUGCAUCGUGUAAGAAUAUGACCAGUCAGCUGAACAACAUCAACGUUACAUUCCAGUGUCCGAACGCCACAGAGCAUGCAAGCAGCUCAUCUUACGUCCCACCAACGAAGGGUGGGUACCCCCUGUGUGCAAGGUACCCUGGGGUUGUCCCUGUGGCUUCCAGAGUCACCCUUCAAUGUAAUGCCAACUUGCCUGCCUACCGUUACAUCAUCGUUCAUCAGGCUUUUGGUGCUGGCAAUGGAUAUUUAGCGGUGUGUGAACUAGAAGCUUAUGAGCCUCAAAUGAAGUUCCCAAAUAAACGUUAG